AGGCUCGGACGCCUCCUAACUUCCUUUCGGGCAAGAUGGCGGGGGACGAAGCGGGAGUGACACUGGGGCAGCCGCACCUCUCCCGGCAGGACCUGAGUACCUUGGAUGUUACUAAGUUGACACCUCUGUCACCAGAAGUCAUCAGCAGACAAGCUACAAUUAAUAUAGGUACAAUUGGCCAUGUAGCUCAUGGAAAGUCAACAGUAGUAAAAGCUAUUUCUGGAGUUCAUACUGUCAGAUUCAAAAAUGAACUGGAAAGAAAUAUCACUAUCAAGUUGGGUUAUGCCAAUGCUAAGAUAUACAAACUUGAUGAUCCAAGUUGUUCUCGACCAGAGUGUUACCGAUCCUGUGGCAGCAGUACACCUGAUGAAUUCCCUACAGAUAUUUCUGGGACCAAAGGGAAUUUUAAACUAAUCAGGCAUGUCUCCUUUGUGGAUUGUCCUGGCCAUGAUAUCUUGAUGGCUACUAUGUUGAACGGAGCAGCUGUAAUGGAUGCAGCUCUGCUGUUAAUAGCUGGCAACGAGUCAUGUCCUCAGCCGCAGACUUCAGAACACUUAGCUGCUAUAGAAAUUAUGAAACUGAAACACAUUCUAAUUCUACAGAAUAAGAUUGAUUUGGUAAAAGAGAGCCAAGCCAAGGAGCAGUAUGAGCAAAUUCUAGCAUUUGUGCAAGGAACAGUUGCAGAAGGAGCUCCAAUUAUUCCAAUCUCAGCACAGCUGAAAUACAACAUUGAAGUUGUUUGCGAGUAUAUAGUAAAGAAAAUUCCAGUGCCCUUAAGAGACUUCACGUCAGAACCAAGGCUUAUUGUUAUUAGAUCUUUUGAUGUCAACAAGCCUGGAUGUGAAGUUGAUGACCUGAAGGGAGGUGUAGCUGGUGGUAGUAUUCUAAAAGGUGUAUUAAAGGUAGGCCAGGAGCUGGAGGUGAGACCUGGCAUUGUCUCAAAGGACAGCGAAGGAAAACUUAUGUGCAAGCCCAUCUUCUCCAAAAUUGUAUCACUCUUUGCAGAACACAAUGAUCUGCAGUAUGCUGUACCAGGAGGCCUUAUUGGUGUUGGUACCAAGAUUGAUCCAACUUUGUGCCGAGCUGAUCGAAUGGUGGGGCAAGUUCUUGGUGCAGUUGGGGCACUACCUGAAAUAUUCACAGAACUUGAAAUUUCCUACUUCUUGUUGAGGCGACUACUAGGUGUCCGCACUGAAGGAGACAAGAAGGCUGCAAAGGUGCAAAAACUAUCCAAAAAUGAAGUCCUAAUGGUAAACAUAGGAUCACUGUCUACUGGGGGACGGGUCAGUGCAGUGAAAGCUGAUCUGGGGAAAAUAGUGCUAACUAAUCCUGUGUGCACUGAAGUAGGAGAAAAAAUUGCCCUUAGUCGAAGAGUUGAGAAACACUGGCGUUUAAUUGGCUGGGGACAGAUUAGAAGAGGAGUGACAAUCAAGCCUACAGUAGAUGAUGACUGAAAAGCAGACAUUAGUGCUUCACUUUAUAAAAGCUGAAGUGUGUUUUCAUACACUUGGGGGUGCAUUUUCGGUGUGGAAAUAUCCACAUAUACGUGAAAUCAAACCUCUUACUAAAAAAUCUAGUCAGUAUCUGCAAUAAACAUAUACAAAAAUUUGGAAAAGGAUGGAUUUAAUUAUCCAGUUUUAGCAAAACUAAACUUAAGUCAUGUUUAAUUUAUGUCAGUUUGUCUGAGACUCUAUUUGAGGCUGGCUUAUCUAAUUUUAAACAAUGUAACUCAAUGCCCCAUAAUCUGUUUUGAAAUAAAAAAAAUGCUUAUUUUUUCAUUUAAUUCUUACAAGUCCUUGAGUUGUGAAAAGCUCAAAAGAUUGUCAGUGAAAGAAUUUAAAAAAGAAAAUAAACUCCUUGGAAGAUCAAUCCCAA